GAAAAGUUUAUUUUCCUUUUUUUUUUUUUUUAAGAGGGAGCGUGGGCGGUGAGCGGUUUUUAUAAAUUAUCCCGAUUUCCCGUUCUCCGGCCCCGGCCCUCCCCAUCCCCCUGCGGGAGCGAGAAUCAGUGCAGGGAGGGCAGCUCCUGCCGACCGCGCGCCCCUCACCCCUGCUCGCCCUGCGCCGUGCCGUGCCGUGCCCUGCACACAGUAGGCGCUCAAUCAAUGUUCGUGGAUGAUGAUGAUGAUGAUGAUGAAAAAAAUGCAGCAUCAACGGCAGCAGCAAGAGGACCACGCGAACGAGGCAAACUAUGCAAGAGGCAACAGACUCCCUCUCUCUGGUGAAGGCCCACCUUGUCAGCCGAAUAGCUCCAAGCAAAGUGUUCUGUCCUGGCAAGCUGCGAUCCAUGCUGCCCGGCAGGCCAAGGCUGCCCAGACUAUGAGCACCUCUGCAACCCCACCUGUUGGAUCUCUCUCCCAAAGAAAACGUCAGCAAUAUGCCAAGAGCAAAAAACAGGGUAACUCGUCCAACAGCCGGCCUGCCCGUGCCCUUUUCUGUCUGUCACUAAAUAACCCCAUCCGAAGAGCCUGCAUCAGUAUAGUGGAAUGGAAACCAUUUGAUGUAUUUAUAUUAUUGGCUAUUUUUGCCAAUUGUGUGGCCUUAGCUAUUUACAUCCCAUUCCCUGAAGAUGAUUCUAAUUCAACAAAUCAUAACUUGGAAAAAGUAGAAUAUGCCUUCCUGAUUAUUUUUACUGUCGAGACAUUUUUGAAGAUUAUCGCAUAUGGAUUAUUGCUGCAUCCUAAUGCUUAUGUAAGGAAUGGAUGGAAUCUAUUGGAUUUUGUUAUAGUAAUAGUAGGACUAUUUAGUGUAAUUUUGGAACAAUUAACCAAAGAAGCAGAAGGCGGUAACCACUCUAGUGGCAAGUCGGGUGGCUUCGAUGUCAAAGCCCUUCGCGCCUUUCGAGUGUUACGACCACUUCGACUUGUAUCAGGAGUGCCCAGUUUACAAGUUGUCCUGAACUCCAUUAUAAAAGCCAUGGUUCCCCUCCUGCACAUAGCCCUUUUGGUAUUAUUUGUAAUCAUAAUCUAUGCUAUUAUAGGAUUGGAGCUUUUUAUUGGAAAAAUGCACAAAACAUGUUUUUUUGCUGACUCAGAUAUCGUUGCUGAAGAGGACCCAGCGCCAUGCGCGUUCUCAGGGAAUGGACGCCAGUGUGCUGUCAAUGGCACUGAGUGUAGGAGUGGCUGGGUCGGUCCCAAUGGAGGCAUCACCAACUUUGAUAACUUUGCCUUUGCCAUGCUCACCGUGUUCCAGUGCAUCACCAUGGAGGGCUGGACUGACGUGCUGUACUGGGUAAAUGAUGCGAUAGGAUGGGAAUGGCCAUGGGUGUAUUUUGUUAGUCUGAUCAUCCUUGGUUCAUUUUUCGUCCUUAACCUGGUUCUUGGUGUCCUUAGUGGAGAGUUCUCCAAGGAAAGAGAGAAGGCCAAGGCACGAGGAGAUUUCCAGAAGCUUCGGGAGAAGCAGCAGCUGGAGGAGGAUCUAAAGGGCUACUUGGACUGGAUCACCCAGGCAGAAGACAUAGAUCCUGAGAACGAGGAAGAGGGUGGGGAGGAGAACAAACGGAAUACCAGCAUGCCCACCAGUGAGACAGAGUCUGUGAACACAGAGAACGUCAGCGGAGAAGGCGAGCACCGUGGCUGCUGUGUGAACCUCUGGUGCUGGUGGAAAAGAAGAGGCUCGGCCCAGACUGGGCCCUCGGGGUGUCGGCGCUGGGGUCAAGCCAUCUCCAAGUCCAAACUCAGCCGUCGCUGGCGUCGCUGGAACCGAUUCAACCGCAGGAGGUGCAGGGCUGCUGUGAAGUCUGUCACAUUUUACUGGCUGGUUAUUGUCCUGGUGUUUCUCAACACCCUAACCAUUUCCUCGGAACACUACAACCAGCCUGACUGGCUGACACAGAUUCAAGAUAUCGCUAACAAAGUCCUCUUGGCCCUGUUCACCUGUGAGAUGCUGGUGAAGAUGUACAGCCUGGGUCUGCAGGCCUAUUUUGUCUCCCUGUUCAAUCGGUUCGACUGCUUUGUGGUGUGUGGUGGUAUCACGGAGACCAUCCUGGUGGAGCUGGAGAUUAUGUCUCCCCUCGGCAUCUCUGUCUUCCGCUGUGUGCGUCUCCUGAGGAUUUUCAAAGUGACCAGGCACUGGACGUCCCUGAGCAACUUGGUGGCCUCCCUGUUGAACUCCAUGAAGUCCAUCGCCUCCCUACUGCUCCUACUCUUCCUCUUCAUCAUCAUCUUUUCCCUGCUUGGGAUGCAGCUGUUUGGUGGCAAGUUUAACUUUGAUGAAACACAGACCAAGCGGAGCACCUUUGACAAUUUCCCCCAGGCACUCCUGACAGUGUUCCAGAUUCUGACAGGUGAAGACUGGAACGCUGUGAUGUAUGAUGGCAUUAUGGCCUAUGGGGGCCCAUCAUCUUCUGGAAUGAUUGUCUGCAUCUACUUCAUCAUCCUCUUCAUUUGUGGCAACUAUAUACUACUGAAUGUCUUCUUGGCCAUCGCUGUAGACAACCUGGCUGAUGCUGAAAGUUUGAACACUGCUCAGAAAGAGGAAGCUGAAGAAAAGGAAAGGAAGAAGAUUGCCAGAAAAGAGAGCCUGGAAAAUAAAAAGAACAACAAGCCAGAAGUCAACCAGAUAGCCAACAGUGACAACAAGGUUACAAUUGAUGACUACAGAGAAGAGGAUGAGGACAAAGACCCUUAUCCACCCUGUGAUGUGCCAGUAGGUGAAGAGGAAGAGGAGGAAGAGGAGGAUGAGCCUGAGGUUCCUGCUGGCCCCCGUCCUCGCAGAAUCUCAGAAUUGAACAUGAAGGAGAAAAUUGCCCCUAUCCCUGAAGGGAGUGCCUUCUUCAUUCUGAGCAAGACCAACCCGAUCCGCGUGGGCUGCCACAAGCUCAUCAACCACCACAUCUUCACCAACCUCAUCCUCGUCUUCAUCAUGCUGAGCAGUGCCGCCCUAGCUGCCGAGGACCCCAUCCGCAGCCACUCCUUCCGUAACACGAUUCUGGGUUACUUUGACUAUGCUUUCACAGCCAUCUUUACGGUUGAGAUCCUGUUGAAGAUGACCACUUUCGGGGCUUUCCUGCACAAGGGGGCUUUCUGUAGGAGCUACUUCAACCUGCUGGACAUGCUGGUGGUUGGGGUCUCCCUCGUGUCAUUUGGGAUCCAAUCCAGUGCCAUCUCAGUUGUGAAGAUCCUGAGGGUCUUGAGGGUCCUGAGGCCACUCAGGGCCAUCAACAGAGCAAAAGGACUUAAGCACGUUGUCCAGUGUGUCUUUGUGGCCAUCCGGACAAUCGGCAACAUCAUGAUUGUUACCACCCUCCUGCAGUUCAUGUUCGCCUGUAUUGGGGUCCAGCUGUUCAAGGGAAAGUUCUAUCGCUGCACAGAUGAAGCCAAAAGCAAUCCUGAGGAAUGCAGGGGGCUUUUCAUCCUCUAUAAGGAUGGGGACGUCGACAGCCCUGUGGUCCGAGAGCGCGUCUGGCAGAACAGUGAUUUCAACUUUGACAACGUGCUUUCUGCUAUGAUGGCACUGUUCACAGUCUCCACAUUCGAGGGCUGGCCUGAGCUGCUGUAUAAAGCCAUUGACUCCAAUGGUGAGAACGUGGGCCCCAUCUACAACUACCGCGUGGAGAUCUCUAUUUUCUUCAUCAUCUACAUCAUCAUUGUCGCCUUCUUCAUGAUGAACAUCUUCGUGGGCUUCGUCAUCGUCACCUUCCAGGAGCAGGGCGAGAAAGAGUAUAAGAACUGUGAGCUGGACAAAAAUCAGCGACAGUGUGUUGAAUAUGCCUUGAAGGCGCGCCCCCUGCGGAGAUACAUCCCCAAAAACCCCUACCAGUACAAGUUCUGGUACGUGGUGAACUCCUCGCCUUUCGAAUACAUGAUGUUUGUCCUCAUCAUGCUCAACACACUCUGCUUGGCCAUGCAGCACUACGAGCAGUCCAAGAUGUUCAAUGAUGCCAUGGACAUUCUGAACAUGGUCUUCACAGGGGUGUUCACUGUCGAGAUGGUUCUCAAAGUCAUCGCAUUCAAGCCAAAGGGCUAUUUUAGUGACGCCUGGAACACGUUUGACUCCCUCAUCGUAAUUGGCAGCAUUAUAGACGUGGCACUCAGCGAAGCCGACCACUAUUUCACUGAUGCAUGGAACACAUUUGACGCCUUGAUUGUUGUGGGUAGCGUCGUUGACAUUGCUAUCACUGAAGUGAAUCCAACUGAAAGUGAGAAUGUCCCUGUCCCCACCGCUCCACCUGGGAACUCUGAAGAGAGCAAUAGAAUCUCCAUCACCUUUUUCCGUCUUUUCCGAGUGAUGCGGUUGGUGAAGCUCCUCAGCAGAGGAGAAGGCAUCCGGACACUGCUCUGGACUUUCAUUAAGUCUUUUCAGGCUCUGCCUUAUGUCGCCCUGCUUAUCGCCAUGUUGUUCUUCAUCUAUGCAGUCAUCGGCAUGCAGAUGUUUGGGAAAGUGGCCAUGAGAGAUAACAACCAGAUCAACAGGAACAACAAUUUCCAGACAUUUCCCCAGGCGGUGCUGCUGCUCUUCAGGUGUGCUACAGGUGAGGCCUGGCAGGAGAUCAUGCUGGCCUGCCUUCCAGGGAAGCUGUGUGACCCAGAGUCUGACUACAACCCUGGGGAGGAGUACACAUGCGGGAGUAACUUUGCCAUCGUCUACUUCAUCAGCUUUUACAUGCUCUGUGCAUUUCUGAUCAUCAACCUCUUCGUGGCCGUCAUCAUGGAUAAUUUUGAUUACCUGACCCGAGACUGGUCGAUUCUGGGGCCUCACCAUUUGGAUGAAUUCAAACGGAUAUGGUCCGAGUACGACCCUGAGGCAAAGGGACGGAUCAAACACCUGGACGUGGUGACCUUGCUGCGCCGCAUCCAGCCACCCCUGGGCUUUGGCAAGCUGUGCCCACAUAGAGUCGCCUGCAAGAGACUGGUUGCCAUGAACAUGCCUCUGAACAGUGAUGGGACGGUCAUGUUUAAUGCCACCCUCUUUGCUUUGGUUCGGACGGCAUUGAAAAUCAAGACUGAAGGGAACUUAGAGCAGGCUAACGAAGAGCUCCGAGCAGUAAUUAAGAAGAUCUGGAAGAAAACCAGCAUGAAGCUCCUGGACCAAGUUGUCCCUCCUGCUGGUGAUGAUGAGGUAACCGUGGGGAAGUUCUAUGCCACUUUCCUGAUACAGGACUACUUUAGGAAAUUCAAGAAGCGGAAAGAACAAGGACUGGUGGGGAAGUACCCUACGAAGAACACCACGAUCGCUCUGCAGGCGGGAUUAAGGACACUGCAUGACAUUGGGCCAGAAAUCCGGCGGGCUAUCUCCUGUGACUUGCAAGACGAUGAGUCUGAGGACAGGAAACGAGAAGAAGAAGAAGAUGUGUUCAAAAGAAAUGGUGCCCUGCUUGGAAACCAUGUCAAUCAUGUUAAUAGUGAUAGGAGAGAUUCCCUUCAGCAGACCAAUACCACCCACCGUCCCCUGCAUGUCCAAAGGCCUGCAAUGCCACCUGCAAGUGAUACUGAGCAACCGCUGUUUCCUCCAGCAGGGAAUUCGGUGUGUCAUAACCAUCAUAACCGUAAUUCCAUAGGGAAGCAAGCGCCCAGCUCAACCAAUGCCAAUCUCAAUAAUGCCAAUAUGUCCAAAGCUGCCCCUGGAAAGCGGCCCAGCAUUGGGACCCUUGAGCAGGUGUCUGGAAAUGGGCAUCAUUCUUCCCACAAGCAUGACUGUGAGCCUCAAAGAAGGGCCAGUAUUAAAAGAACCCGCUAUUAUGAAACUUAUAUUAGGUCUGACUCAGGAGAUGAGCAGUUCCCAACAAUUUGCCGGGAAGACCCUGAGAUCCAGGGCUGCUUCAGAGAUGCCUACUGCCUGGUGGAGCAGGAGUAUUUCAGCAGCGAGGAGUGCUACGACGAGGACAGCUCACCCACUGGGAGCAGGCACAACUAUGGCUACUACAACAGAUACCUGGGCAACAGCACUGACUUCGAGCGGCCCCGAGGCUACCACCACCCGCAGGGCUUCUGGGAGGACGAGGACACACCAGUGUGCUAUGACUCCCAGAGGUCUCCCCGGAGACGCCUUCUACCUCCUACCCCAACGUCCCACCGGAGAUCCUCCUUCAACUUUGAGUGCCUACGUCGCCAGAGCAGCCAGGAGGAGGCCCCACCAUCCCCUGCCUUCCCACAGCGCACAGCGCUGCCUCUACACCUCAUGCAACAGCAGAUCAUGGCAGUUGCUGGCCUGGAUUCGAGUAAAGCCCAGAAGUACUCACCGAGCCACUCUACUCGCUCAUGGGCCACCCCUCCGGCAACACCACCGUACCGGGACUGGACACCAUGCUACACCCCCCUGAUCCAGGUGGAGCGCUCAGAGGCCCCCGACCAGGUCAAUGGCAGCCUACCGUCCCUGCACCGCAGCUCAUGGUACACAGAUGAGCCCGGCAUCUCCUAUCGGACUUUCACUCCAGCCAGCCUCACUGUCCCCAGCAGCUUCUGCAACAAGAACAGCGACAAGCAGAGGAGCGCCGACAGCUUGGUGGAGGCAGUCCUGAUAUCUGAAGGUUUGGGGCGCUAUGCACGGGACCCAAAGUUUGUGUCAGCCACAAAGUACGAGAUUGCGGAUGCCUGUGACCUCACCAUUGAUGAGAUGGAGAGUGCGGCCAGCAGCCUGCUGAACGGGACCAUGCAUGGCCGGGCCCCUGGGGGCCUGGGGUCUGGCAUUGGCUGCCACUGCCUGGACUAUGAGCUGCAGGACUUUGGGCCAGGCUAUAGUGACGAAGAGCCUGAGCCUGGGAGGGAGGAGGAGGACCUAGCAGAUGAGAUGAUUUGCAUUACCACCCUGUAGCCCCACACCACACCCCUAAAAGGGGGAUAGGCUGGCUCUGGCCUCAGGUAGGGUGCCAGAGAAGCCAGGGGACAAGUGCCUCAUAGUUAGGAGCAUUUAGGCACUAGCUCAGAGUCCAUGUUCAACUUGACUUGUGUACAAGUGAUGUCACUCCUCAAGGAAGCCAUAAACCUGGCAGAAGAUGGCUGAGCACCCUGUGCUCCACCCCAGCUUGGGGACACAGCAGGUCCAGCCCCCCUCUUGGAGAGGACUAGCUCCAAGGAGGUUGGACAGACCUGGGCCACUUGUCCAGGGUGCCCAGGGCCUCUCCUACCCACCCACAGGGACAGUGGGGAAGGGUCCAGGUGAUGGCAGCCACCACGCCUGUGUCAUUACCUCAGCCGUAGGUCUAGCAUAUCAGACACUCACUGGGCCCAGCAUAUCCACCUUUCAAUCCUUUGCCCCCCCCCCCCCCAGACAGACUGCUUCCUGAUGCCCGUCCAGUUGUGCUGACAUAUGCAGAGUGUGUGUGUGUGUGUGUGUGUGUGUGUGUGUGUGUGUGUGUCCCCAUGUCAGACCGGCCUGCCUGCCACCAUCCUGGAAGGGGAGCAGGGCCUUGUUGCUGAGGUCACCUGUCCUGGGACACCAGUUUACACAGGACAGAAUACGGCCCCGAUGGUUGGCUUUCUGACCUCUGGGCUGAGAGAGUCCGUAAACUGGAAAGAGAAUGCACUCACAACCAGGUAAACUCAGUGAUGCUUGUUUGUUUAAAACUAUAGAUAUCCUGUACAGGACCUGUAACAUACUCAACUUUGUAUUUGUAAAGAGAUGGUCUAUAUUUUGUAAUUAUUGUAGCGUAUUUGAACUGCAGCAAUAUUCAUGGCUCCUAAUAAUGGUAGUCUCACCCCCCCAGCCUCCCCAGACAAUGAAAUCUAGAAAUUAGUAUUUUUACCAGGAAUAUACAGAAGUAGGAGGGGGGAAAAUAAUAAGAGCCAUUCCUUACUUAUUCAGUAAAGAUCUCUGAGGGUGGGAGGGGAUAAAUUUUUGAGUUUGAAAGGAUAUACUUUGGAGAUUUUCUUGUAAAGUCUGUUGAGUCACUUUAUGCCAGAUCUACCAGGUGGCUCUUGGUAGUCCUGCCUUUGAGAUGGGAGUUCUGUGCUUUGCUCCAUUAUGCAUCAUAAUAUCUUUUCUUCUGUUUUCCUUUGCUAACCAACCCCUACUGAGUUCCUGAUAGAGGAGGGCAAGCCAGCUGCUUUAGUUUUCUCUCCUCUCCUUCCCUCCCCAAGAUGCUUUUGCCUCUCUGCAAAAUGAAACUGCACAGGGGAAGAGGUACCUCUGCUCUGGUCCUCCUGGGACUGGUGACAGAGGGUCUGUCAUCCGGAGGGCUAGAAUGUUGGGGUCUUGUACAAAUCGUAUUGUUGCCUUUUUCCAAAACCUUGCUGUACUGUGUGUUCUCUUUGAGGGCUUUUAUAUGCAAUCGAAUGAGGGCUGAAGUUUUCACAGGAAGGCACUCGCAGUCUGUCCUUCCCAGUGAAAACCCACUCUGGAUCAUUAAAGCCAUUCAGGCUUCCUUUUUCUUUCAGAGAAUCAUGCUGAUAUCAUUAAGUAACCUUGGCAGGGAUUCCCUGCUACCAAAAAUAGUAGCAAUUUUGGGUUCAAAAACUUUAAAUGUGACAUAGACAACCUUUUUUUUCUUUGUAAAUAACAACACUUUGUUAUAAAGCCUUCCAAACCUCUUCUUAAAAACAUUCUUAUUCCAGAUCCAGGCAAAAAAAAAAAAAUUGCAGGUUUGUAAAUGAUUAUUUCCUGACAGAUUCUUUUUUAUUAAAAUGCAAAACAUUCUUCAGAAUAAACUGUGUACUAUGU